CUCUUCACUUUGAUCUGAUCUGGACUUGGAUGAGAUGCAGAUGCCGGACGACGUGAAAUUUGAGUUGACCAGGGCUGGGCGUUAAAAUCCCGAAGAAGGCCCUUUGUACGGCACACGUGAUCGCUCCUGUUCUGGCCAAUGUCCCCGCAAACCACCUAACCCCAAUUUGUAGUCAGAGAAUCCACUUCAAUAUCUACCGUUACACGGGUCCAUCGAUUUUCCCGUGAGCCUCAUGAUUACACAUUCUCAGACGUUGCACUGUGCUUGAGCAUGCCCACUAUCCAGUGCCCACUCAAAUCUCAGACAUGCUCUGAUCUGCUCAGGUACUCGUAAACGGGAGCGACGUUGUGCCGGAGCCGUGCUUAUACAGACCCCCGCCAUCAAGUCCCUUGAUCUUUGCCCGUCACGGCUUCCGACACGGUACAGGUGAAGAUGGAGGGUGCUGAAGGAGAUGAGUUGGACCCGCUAUGGCAGGAUUUGGAUUGGGCGAUGGGAUGGGAAGGAACAGAAGUCACACCACAGAUCCGGACAUUGAUAGAGGACCAUCAUCUAGGGGCCAUCUUAUUGACCACUAAGAAUCUCAAAACCGCCCAGGAAACAGCGAAGCUGGUUCAAGAUCUCCAGACCAUCGCCCAUCAAGCUGGUCAUCCUGUACCAUUACUCAUCGCUUUGGACCAGGAAAAUGGCGGUGUCAACAGUCUCUUCGAUGAGGACUACAUCUGCCAGUUUCCCAGUGCUAUGGGAGUUGCAGCAACAGGUUCUCCUGAGCUUGCAUAUGAGGUCGCAAAUGCCACUGCCAAGGAGGUCUCAGCCGUUGGUGUUAACAUGAUCAUGGGGCCAGUAUUGGACGUUUUGACAAAUGCAAGAUAUCAACCUUUGGGUGUAAGAGCUACUGGAGAUGAUCCUCAGGAAGUAUCUCAGUACGGUAUCGCUGCCAUGAAUGGCUACAAAGAUGCUGGCAUUACGACUUGCGGAAAGCACUUCCCCUCUUACGGCAACCUGGAUUUUCUCGGCUCAUCUCUGGACAUGCCUAUCAUUACAGAGACAAUCGAGCAACUCAGUCUCAGCGCACUCGUACCAUUUAGAAACGCCAUUCGGGACGGGCUUGAUGCUAUGAUGGUUGGUGGAUGUGCGAUGGCCAAUGCCAGUAUGAAUGUGAUGCACGCCUGCCUUAGCGAUCAAGUUGUGGAUGAUCUGCUUAGACAUGAGCUCGGUUUCAAUGGUGUCACUAUAUCAGAGUGUCUUGAAAUGGAUGCUCUUAGCCACGACAUCGGCGUUCGAGGUGGCACCGUCAUGGCAGUAGAAGCCGGCUGCGACCUUGUCCUGCUAUGCCGAUCCUUCGCAGUACAGCAAGAAGCCAUGGCUGGACUGAAGCUUGGUAUUGAAAACGAUAUGAUUUCUCGAGAGCGAAUCAUGGUUUCACUGAGGCGAGUUCUUACCUUGAAGUCAAAAUGCACAAAUUGGCAUAAAGCUUUGAAUCCGCCUGGGAUCAACCAGCUGGCGACUCUUCAUCCAAGCCAUUUAGCACUUUCAACCAAAGCAUACGAUAAUUCAAUUACAGUGAUGAGAGACAAAGGACAUCUCUUACCACUUUCCAACACGCUGUAUCCCGAUGAAGAGUUACUCCUCCUUACUCCGUUAGUGAAGCCACUUCCUGCUUCUGCUGCUACGAAACAAAUGACCGAAAACGCCAAAAAAGAAGUUCCUAACGAGCACGAUAAAUGGAUACAUAGAUCCUCGAUUAUGAGUGGCGAAGGAGUAUUCAGAGAACUUGGCCGCUCACUAGCGAGACAACGGCAUGGAAAGCUCUUGCAUACGUCCUACACGGCGAAUGGAGUAAGACCUGUUCACGAGAACUUGAUCAACAGGGCAGCAGCAAUAAUCAUCAUUACAGCAGAUGCCAAUAGGAAUCUGUACCAGAACGGUUUCACAAAGCACGUCUCAAUGAUGUGUUCUAUGCUCAGCGCAAGCGGGAAGAAAAAAUCGCUGAUCGUGGUUUCAGUUAGCUCUCCUUACGAUUUUGCUAUGGAUAAGUCGAUUGGGACAUAUGUCUGCACUUUUGAUUUCACAGAAACUGCUAUGAGUGCAUUGGUCAGAGCUCUUUUUGGCGAGUACGUACCACAAGGUACACUACCUGGUACAUUGAGAAAAAGCAGGAAAGUGCAAAAGUCGCGCCAGCACUGGCUUGUCGAAAGUUGGAAUCAUGAUAGGGAUCAUAGAGGGUUGCUAGCCCUCAUCAAAGCCAUUGAGAAGACUUCCCAGCCUGGGAAGCCUUCAGGUCUCUCCGGAGCAACAGCAGCAGCUUUUGAACUAUCUGCUGCCACCGAAUCCGGUGAUCCCAUCGAAGAAAUGCACUACGUAGUCCGCAACUCCAGCACACAAGCCCUCUUCGGCUUCUGCUCCACCUACUACUACCCAUCCUCGCACCUAGGAGUAAUAUCAACCAUCUUCGUCGACCCCUCCAAACGCAACCUCUCCAUCGGACACUCCCUCCACCAGCGCGCCGUCCGCGGCCUCAUCUGCCGCCCCGGCAUCAAAACCCUCCAACUCGGCGCCUCCCUCCCGACCAUCUUCCCAGGAAUCCCCAUGUCCGACCUGACCGAAGGCGCGCGCCUCAAACGCUGGUUCGCCGCCAACGGCUGGGACAUCUCGUCUCCGCGCCUCCUGUACACGCUCACCAUCCGGAACCUCGCGCACUGGCAGGUACCAGAGGGACUCCUGCAGACCAUCCAACGCGUCUCCUUCGCCUUCGACCUCAUCCACGGCCGCGAGAACGCCGCCACGGCAUUAGAGCACGUGAGCGCGCACGCUGGCCCCGAGGUCCUGGCUCUAUACAACCUCGCUCUCUCAGACGAGAAAUCCUGCGGCGUCGUCCGCGCCAAAUCUCCCGUGGACGGCUCCCUCGUCGGCACGGUCAUCAUCACGCGUCCGUACUCCUCGCUCUCGACAUACAUCCCCAUCCUGCAGUCCUCUGAAAGCAACGGUUCGGACGGCGGCGGGAUAGGUGGGAUCCUCGCGCCUGUGGUGCCGAAUAGUCCGCAGGCGGCGAUUGUGCUGCAGGGACUGGCGCUGUUGGGGAUCAAGCAGAAUAAGGCGCAUCGGAGCCAUACGUGUGUGUUGAAUUGUGUGAGUGGGGAGGAGAGGGAUGUGUUGUUGGGGAUGAAUUUUGAUGUUUUGGAUGCGUUUGAGGAGUUGAGUUGUAAGGCUGAGAGGUUUAGUGAUAUGAACCUAGGAUGAGAGAUGUACUGGGAUCGGGUUUAGGAGCAGUAUUGGGGCUAUCGUUGAUUUUAUGUUAAACUUGCUGUUCUUGUUUACGUGAGAAGUGGUAUAGUCUUGUCUUACAGAA